CCCUUCUAUUCGCAAUGUCUCAAACUGUCAUCCGUCUCAACGGCUCCAGAACCUCCAUUCGCAACCUCCAUGCUCUCACGGAGGCGAUUCCGCAGCCAACCAAGCACGAGGUCCUCAUCAAAGUUCACGCUGCCUCCUUGAACUUCCGUGACAUUGCGAUUGCUACCUCUCAGUAUCCCUUCCCAGCAAAAGAUGAUGUUAUUCCUGGCUCCGAUGCAGCUGGUGUCGUCGCCAAGGUCGGUGAGGGUGUCAAGAAUGUGGCCGUGGGAGACCACGUCAUUGGCACUUUCGAUUUGUCCAAUCUCUUUGGUCAACAGAUGGACUGGUUGAAUGGUCAGGGCGGACCUAUUGAUGGCGUUCUACGUGAAUACGUGUGUAUUCCUGCAGCGUCUGUCGUGCAUGUUCCGAAAGAUUCACCACAGAGCUUCUGUGAAUGGUCCUCGCUGGUUUGUACGGGUGUGACGGCUUGGAAUGCCCUGUAUGCAAAUGUUCCGCUUAAGCCUGGUCAGACAGUCUUAGCUUUGGGAACCGGAGGUGUCUCCAUUACUGGCUUGAUCCUUGCUAAGGCGGCCGGUGCAACAACGAUCAUCACCUCCUCGAGUGACGAGAAGCUCAAGUUUGUGCAGGAGAAAUACGGCGUCGACCAUGUUAUCAACUACAAGAAACACCCUGAGUGGUCCAAGGAGGCUCUGCGUCUGACCAAUGGGGCCGGUGUCGACUAUAUCCUCGAGAACGGCGGAUCAGGCACUAUCGCGGAGAGUUUAAACGCUGUGAAAAUGGGCGGGAAUGUUUCUGUCAUUGGCUUCCUCUCUGCGGCGGAUCAGUCCAAGAUGCCGGAUGUUGCUGGUAUGGCGCUCGCCAAAGGAGCCGUGGUUCGUGGUAUUGUUGUUGGGUCUACUCAACUUCUUCAGGAGGUUACGAACUUUGUGGCGACCAAGGGGCUGAGAUUGCCUAUUGACAGGGUGUUUGAGUUUAACGAGAAGUCUGUCAUUGAGGCUUAUGAGUAUGUUGCAUCUGGAUCUCAGAUUGGCAAGGUCUGUAUCAAGGUUGCGGCGUAG